AAUGGAUUUAACCGGAGCUACUAUUGUGGCAAAAGCAUUGAAGCAGCAAGGCACUCAAAGGUGUUAUGGAAUCUGUGGAAUUCCAGUCAUCGAUCUUGGCUAUUGCAUCCAAGGUGAAGGAAUAGAAUACUACGGUUUCAGAAACGAGCAAGCAGCCAGUUAUGCAGCAGGAGCAGAUGGCUUCAUGUCAAAAAGACCAGGAAUCUGCAUGAGCGUAUCAGGACCAGGAAUGACUAAUUGCAUCUCUGGAUUGGCAAACGCAUGGGCUAAUAAAUGGCCAAUGAUUCUUAUUGGAGGAGCUCAUGAUACUAAUCAAGAUGGAACAGGAGGCUUCCAAGAAUGUGAUCAAUUAGUAGCAUCUCUACCUUUUGUUAAGUAUUAUGUCAAAGUAUCAUCGGUUGAAAGAAUCCCAUUCUACAUUGCUAAAGCUUUUAGGGAAAGCAUGUAUGGGACUCCAGGACCUGUAUAUCUUGACUUCCCUGGAGACAUCUUAGUCAAGAAAGCCAAUGAAGAUAGUAUCAAAUGGUUUGACUAUGUUGAAGAUAUUCCAAAGACUUUAGCAGAUCCAACUUGCAUUUCCAAAGCAUUUGAUGUUCUGAAGAAUGCUAAAAAUCCACUUGUAAUUGUCGGAAAAGGAGUGGCUUAUGCUGACGCAUCAGAUGAAAUGAGAGAAUUUAUUGAAGAGACAAAGCUCCCCUUUUUGCCUACCCCAAUGGCAAAGGGAACUCUCCCAGAUGAUCAUCCUCAAUUUGUCGGAAGUGCAAGAUCUUUAGCUCUUAAGGAUGCAGACGUUGUGGUUCUAGCAUGUGCAAGACUGAACUGGAUUUUACACUUUGGACUCUCUCCUCGGUUUAGAAAAGAUGUAAAAAUUAUCCAAAUUGAGAAUGAUGCAAAAGAGAUCCAUCAAAAUGUCAAAUCUGAAGUAGUUCUUUAUGGUGAUGCUAAAUGUAUCCUGAACCAACUCAAUGAGCACAAUAGUUCAACUGCCAAGUACACUUAUGAGAGUGACAGCGAGUGGUGGGGAAGACUAAAUGAUAAAGUGGAAUCGAAUAAGAAAGUUUCAGAAGCAAUGUACAACGAUAAAACCCUCCCAAUGAGUUACUACAACUCGAUGUUUGUCAUCCAAAAUAUGAUUCCAAAGGACUGAAUCCUCGUUAGCGAAGGAAGUAACACUAUGGAUAUUGGAAGGACUAUCUUAGAGAACUACCAUCCCAAGCACAGACUUGAUGCUGGCACUUUUGGUACAAUGGGAGUUGGUCUUGGAUUUUCAAUUGCAGCACAAGCAGUUCAUAAAGAUAAAAGAGUGGUUUUAGUCAUUGGUGACUCCGCAUUUGGAUUUUCAGGAAUGGAAUUGGAGACAAUGUGCAGAUACAAGAUGCCAAUCACUGUCAUUAUUAUCAACAACAAUGGAAUCUUCACUGGAGUCGAAGAGAUUGAAAAAGAUGAAAAUGCUCUAAGUAUCCCCAUUACUGCUCUUCAACCAGAUUCAAAAUAUGAGAUGAUGGCUGAAGCUUUUGGAGGAGUUGGACAUAGUGCCAAAACACCAGAAGAGAUUGCUGAAGCAUUGAAGAUUUCUCUGAAGAGUGAUCAACUCCAUCUCAUUAAUGUUGCCAUUGAUCCAUAUGGGUCUAAAAAGCCUCAAGAGUUUGCUUGGUUAACCAAGGAGGAGGAUAAAAAGGCUAAAAUCUAAAAUCAGCUUUUAAUAGAUAUGAUUUAGUUCAA